AUGUCAUUCAGUCCACGUCUUAUUUUACAAAUUUUUAUUCCAAAUCAAAUUGAAUAUGGCGACGCAAAGUUUAUUCUCUACACUUACUCCAUCUUAUUGGCAAUUUACAAUAUUUUCCCAUUCGAUUUAGGUUUCAAAUUCUGCCGCAAUGCAAGAUAUUUCGUUAAAUUAUUAGAUGCACUUUCAGAAAUCGUCAACAUCAAGAAAAUUUCCGAAGCUCUCUCUCAAAAAUACGAAAGUGAUUUCUUGAAAGUACUUACAAUUACUAUGACAUGCUUAAUUUCAACUUUUAUUAUUGAUUCAUUGGACCUUUAUCUUAAUAGCAAAAGAAAUGAACCAAGAGCAUACAGAACACAUCACAUCAAGAAACUUCUAUUUUUCGUUACAGCAUAUCUCUUCAUUUCCAUUCCAACUAUAGCCGAGUCCCUUGAAUCAUUUAGUUUCUCAAAAAAUAUCACGGAAACGCUAAUUAUUUGCGUCUACGUAUUUUUGGCGUUCUUAGAUAUCUUUAUUAAAGAUGAUUCAAUUUUUAAUUCAAUUGAUAUCAUUUUCCCAGAACCAGACUCAUAUGUUACUUACCAACAAAGGGAAGAUUACUUCAAUUUCCUUCAAUCCCUCCAAAAAAGAGAGGAAUUGGAGCAAUUUGAAAAAAGUCAACAGUAA